UGUAAGGGGAAUUUUAACAAAGUUCCAGAACAAAUUAAAGUCAGUUUCGUCCGAUAAAAUCAAAAUCUGAAGAGAAGGCGAAGAAAGCAAAUACGAAAAAGAUCUCUAUUCCGGGAACUAAUAAUGUCUCUGACAAGCGUAAAUAUGUCGGAGGAUGUCUGGUUGACUUGCCUCACUCACGCAUUAUCCACCGAGACCGAAGAAAUCAUGGGUCUCCUUCUCGGCGACAUCGAGUACUCCAAAAACGGAAGUGCCACAGCUCUGAUCUGGGGAGCAUCUCCUCAGUCACGGUCUGAUCGGCAGAAAGAUCGAGUCGAAACCAAUCCUGAACAGUUGGCUGCUGCUUCAGCUCAGGCUGAUAGAAUGACCAUAUCAACAGGCAGAACUACUCGUGUGAUUGGAUGGUACCACUCCCAUCCUCAUAUUACCGUCCUUCCUUCCCAUGUCGAUGUUCGGACACAAGCUAUGUAUCAGCUUUUAGAUUCUGGGUUUAUUGGCCUCAUAUUUUCCUGUUUUAGUGAAGAUGCUAACAAGGUUGGUAGAAUUCAAGUUAUCGCUUUCCAAUCCUCUGAUGGAAAGCCUAAUGCUACUCCUAAAUCAAUGAGCCUGGUUCUUGCUAAUAAAGAUUCUGUCAUCGAUUUAGAAUCUUCAUUAAGUUCAUCAGACUCUAUAUUUCCGAGAUCCUCUUCUGGUCGGGGAGAUAUUCCUGAGCAAGACACAAGUGAUACUGCUACAACUUCCGGAUCCAAGGCUGGAGGAAGAGUUUCAGAUUUUGGGGCUUUCUUUGUUAACAAUGGUGNGCGGCUAGCCCUAAUCGGAUCGGGAGACGAGAAUUGGGAAUUAAUACUGUUUUGCGGCUCUCUCUCCCCUUGGAUUAUUUGCUUUGCUGCUAUUCUGCUUGUGUUUUGGAAUCUAGUUUCUCCUGAAUCUUGUGAUGUUUCAUCGCUUCUUGAACUCAAUUCACCUCUAGCUUCUUUUAAGGAUCUGCAAAGAGUACUCUACGAGGAGGAACGAGCUGCAUACCACCAAUCCGUGCAGCAAAGCAUAAGAGACGGGAGAGUUCAUCCUCUUGCUUUCAUCCACAACACAUCGACAUAUCAGGCUUCCAUGUGCAAGCUGAUCGAAUACUGUUUGAGUCCCGCCAUCAGUGCACUUCAAGGUAGGCUGAGGGAGAACAAGAUCCGGUUAGCAAUGCUGAUGGAGGAAGCUGAGGUUCUGGAAGCACAGAAACUAAAAGGAGCAGAGACAAGCGGGGGACCAUCUCAUAAUCUGGCUCAUGGUUCUGGCAGCCGAAGCAGAAGAGGAUCGUAGAAAGAUGUGCGACUAAAGGGCACAUGCCAUCCUCUUUGUGUAUGUUUUCUAUUUAGACAUACAUUUUGGUUUCUUACAACUGUAUCAUAUGCAGGCAUGUGUUUGUAGUUUCCCCAUCUGUAGCAUUAUUAUUGGUUUUUGUUCUCUCAUGGAAGAUUAACUCUCUUUUUUUUUUCCAAGAGAUGUUGUAAUAUAUGUAUUCAUAUAUAUAUGAAAUUCAUCAUGAAUAUGAUGAGAUGGGAAAGAAUUAAUGAAA